UCCUUUAGGCAAGUUGUCGCACGAACCUCCACCAUGGUGCAACACACCUCGCUACUUCUCCUUCUUGUUCCCAUCUUCAUUGGUGGUUCGCAUGGACAGUUUAGCAUCCAGCUACACUGGACAGAUCCCAAUGUAACAGAGGUUCUAGGACGCGCGCCUGGCGAUCCCAUUCCCAUAAUCCUGGAAAACUACGAAAACAUGCAAUACUUUGGCGUCCUGACCAUUGGAACCCCGCCUCAAUCCUUCAAGCUGUCCGUGGACACAGGCUCCAGCAACUUAUGGGUGCCGUCAGUAAAAUGCGAUGACAGCAUGCUGUGCCGCCACAGCGCAAAGUACGACAGCAGCAAGUCCAGUACGUACACCAAGAUCGGAUCGUACAUUCGCAUCCGUUACACCGGCGGCGUCGUGCGAGGCGUCACGAGCCUCGACAACGUAGGCAUCGGCCCUGCCACCGUGACGCAGUACAAGUUUGCCGAAAUGAACCACGCAGAUGGAAAGUUGUUCAAGAACGCCAAGUACGACGGCAUCCUUGGCUUGGCGUACCCCAACAUCUCACAGAAUAACCAGCUGCCACUCUUCGACGCCAUGGUGGGACAGGGCGUCGUGCGCCAGGCCGUGUUCUCAAUCUACAUGAGCAAGGAGCCCAGCGAGGAAAACGGCGGAGAGAUCUACUUCGGAGGCAUCAAUGCAGAGCGCUACACGGGUGAUGUUCAUUACGUGGAUGUGAACCGGCAGACUUACUGGCAGAUCACCGUGGAUGGCAUCGAAGUUGCAGGCACGAGGCUCUGCAUCGGUGGCUGCAACGCCGCGGUCGAUUCCGGAACAUCGUUUCUUAGUGGGCCCAGAGGAGAAGUGCAAGAGCUGCACAGGGCUAUUGGAGCCACGCGCACUGCUCCUGGAUACUAUGAAGUCGACUGCGACGCAGUAUCGAACCUUCCGGCAAUCACCUUCAAUCUGAAUGGGAAAGCCUUUGCACUGCAAGGAGAGGAAUACAUCAUAAAGAUCCCGAUUGAAGGCGGAACAGUCCGGUGCUUCACUCGCAUCUCUGAGGGCGCUUCGGGAUCCCGCCUCUGGAUCUUGGGUGCCGUAUUCAUGCGCAAGUACUACACCGUGUUCGACAGGAACUACAACAGCGUUGGAUUCGCCACGGCAGUGUAGCUGAGCGCCGUCAUCUCCAGUUUGAAAGAACAAGUCAAGCUCUGUCGCUUGUUGAGGGACAAAGUCAUUCAUGAAAACAGUCAAGUAAAUAAAAGCCUCAG